GCAAUAAAAGUGCGCAUUAGCCUGGCAGUAAAUAUGGCUGCCGGCGACAAAAGAAAAGGAAACCGUACGCGAAAAAUGACCAAGAACUCGUCGAAAAACCAGUAAACAGGAAAAAUAAGCAAUCAGAAAUCAACCUUAAUACACUAAAAGAAACGGUUAGAUGGCUAUUCCACCUAGAUGGCUUAAUUGUCCCCGUAAAAGCCAAGUUAUCGCAGAUCGAUUCUUUGCCUUCAAAACUCCACUCAGCUCCAGAUAUGAUGAUCAGAUCCCAGAAGCAAAUCGCUUCCAGCUUCCUAUGCUGUGUUCUUACUUCCAAACACUCAAAGUGAAAGUAGGUUUGAUUAUUGACCUGACAAACACAAAUCGUUUUUAUGACAAGAAUGAACUUGAGAGGCUCACUGGCAUCAAGCAUGUCAAACUUCAGUGCCGAGGCCAUAGUGAAACUCCAUCACCAGAACAGACUCAGCUUUUCAUCAACAUAUGCUGUCGAUACUGGGAGAAAAACCCCGGCGAAUUGAUAGGUGUUCACUGUACUCAUGGUUUCAACCGGACUGGAUUUCUUAUUAUUUCUUACCUAGUUGAGAAGGAGGAUUGGAGCAUUGAAGCAGCUGUGGAGUGUUUCACUAAGAACCGACCACCUGGAAUCUACAAGCAGGAGUAUCUGAAUGAGCUAAGUCGGCGGUAUGGAGACUCUGCUGAUCCCCCCUCUGCACCUGAACUCCCAGACUGGUGUUAUGAGGACGAGGGGAUCAGCGACAAGGAUGAGGAAGACGGAGAGGAGGAGGAUUCUAAUAAUGCAGGGCCGGGAAACAGGAGAAAGAAAAGGAGAAAGGCACCAGGAUUCCCAUUGAAGGCUGCCAAGUUUGUUGAUGGUGUGGAUGGGGUUGAAGUUGUGCCUUCACCUAAAUGUGAGGAAAUCCAAGACAUGUGCCAAGAAAUGUGCAAAUUUGAGCUUAACGGUUUCCCUGGUUCUCAACCAGUGUCUAUGGAUAGACAGAACAUCCGUUUUCUCCACGAAAAAGACUACAGAGUCAGUUGGAAGGCAGAUGGUACAAGAUAUAUGAUGCUAGUUGUGGGGGAGGGGCAGGUGUACUUGAUUGACAGAGACAAUGCCGUGUUCUCCGCCCCUCAGUUCAGAUUCCCGCAACGCAAGAACCCUCGUGAGCACAUCUUCGACACACUGAUAGAUGGAGAAAUGGUUUUUGACAAAGAAGGAGACAAAAUCCAUCCCCGUUACCUGGCCUAUGACAUCAUCAAGUUCCAGGGUCAGGACGUUGGCAAAACAUCUCACGACACAAGGAUGCUGUGCAUUCACAAGGAAAUCGAAGUGCCUAGAAACCAAGCGGUACAACAGGGUCUCUUGAACAAGACGCAAGAGCCGUUUAGCAUCAGAGCUAAGCAGUUUUUCCCUCUCGAGAAAACAGCGUGGAUCUUAGAGCACUGGGUCCCGAAACUCACACACGAGAACGAUGGUCUGAUUUUCAACCCUGCUGAAGAUCCAUAUCUACCGGGGAGGCAAGCGUCUGUUCUCAAGUGGAAGCCACACACCUUGAACUCCGUGGACUUCAUCUUGAAGAUCGCCACAGUCAAACAAGAGGGCUGUUUACCGCGAAGUGUGGGAUAUCUGAUGGUGGGAGGGUUCGAUCGACCUUUUGCUGAAAUAAAGGUCACAAAGGAACUCAAAGCCUACAAUAAUAGAGUAAUCGAAUGCACGUGGGAUAACAAGGAGUGGAAGUUCCUCCGCGUGCGUGAGGACAAAAGUCACGCUAAUGCCUAUACCACGGCACAAGGUGUAUGUGAAAGCAUCCGAAACCCCGUGACCAAGGAAUGGCUGCUGGAAGUGAUCGAGAAGUACCGUUUUAGAAAGGACAAUCACCAUCACCGCCCACAUCAACACCACCAACAGCAGCACCACCAUUCGCAACAACAACACCGGCCACACCCCGCGCAGGCGCCAUCAUAGGAAGUAAAACUUGUAGGAAACAUAAAAAACAACAGAUCUGGUCGCCCUUAUAUACACACCAUAUGACCGGAUAUAUUGAUCACUGCAGAAGCUUUUUUAACCUCGCGUUUUUUUUUUUCUUUUGGUGUCUCUAAAAGGGAAGGGCUUAUUGGAGGGGGUGGGGGGGGGGUGGCUUAAAAAGCCCCCGUCUUUUUAACUAGGUAUUUUGGCCCUCACAUGCUAUAUAUGACAGUGUGUAUGGUAUGUAGUGUAUAUGACAAUGCGUUAUGAGAUCACGUGACCUUUCUGGGUGGCAAAUUCAAAACAAUCAGAAGAAAUUCAAAACAAUCAGAAAUUACCCGUCACACCAGAGAACGACGAAAAAAUAAAAUCUUUAAAUGAAACUAAACCAUUUC